AUGCCAACAAGAAACUGUGAGUCAGAUUCUCAAAACAUGGGUGACAUAUGUGUGGUCGAACAGCCAGAAACAGAAAUCCAUCUAGAAGAGAUGACAGCACUAUCUAGAAGUGAAGAUAUAACAACGAAGAUGUCAACGAUGUUAAACAAUAGCACGGGGGAGUCGACCAUCAACAAUAGCAAUUCAACUGCAGUUAUGAAUAUGAACGGUAGGAUAUUAGAACGUAAUGAACCACCGUAUAAUAUCUUAAGUACAGCAGGGCUAAUUAACACCUCGGGCAAUAUCACAACAAAUGCAUCGGUUGCUAAUCCAGCUGAAUCUAACAAUGCAAUAGGGUCGAUUAGUGUGAAUGGGGUUCAAGCAAGCAAUAACGAUCGCUUAGUAGGCCACUUCAUUUCAGAAAAUGUUUUCAAUCUUAGCCACAAAGUAUUAAAUGAAACUGAGAUAAGUGUUCUGAGUAAAGGCUUACAGUUUGUUCCAACUACAUUUAAGAUAGAUGAAGAGGACUUAAGGAAAGACUUUAACGAAUUUACCCGUAGAAUGCGUAAUAAAUGGCAUUUCAGAGAUAACGUAACGGCGGACUUCAGUGAAAUUCCGGCAUUUCGUCCGAAAUCCACCUGGACACCACCUAAAGGUUGUCCGUCCUUAGAACUAUUCUUAAGUCAAAUUGAAAAAGAACUGUUUGAGUGUGUACCGCAAAAACUUUGGAAACACAAUCUUAGUAAGAUUGAGUGGCUAGCUUUGAAAACAUUGACUGAAGAUAACAGUAUAAUUAUUAAACCAGCGGAUAAAGGGUCGUGUGUUGUGGUCUGGGAUAGAGAUGACUAUUUAGCAGAAGGAUAUUCGCAACUAAGUGAAAAUAAUGUUUACACCAAAAUGGAAAGGUUUUCGGAAGAAACUGUGAUGUCUUUGACUGAGGAAAGCAACAACAUGUUUCAUAAGCUGUAUAAUCAAGGAUGCAUUUCGAAAGACGAAUUUAAGUAUUUUUCGUACGAUUUUAAAAAUUCGUGUGCACUGGGGAGGCUAUAUCUUUUACCUAAGAUUCAUAAAAGGCUUCGAAAUGUACCCGGACGUCCUGUUAUCUCUAAUUGUGGGACUCCUACAGAGAGGGCGUCUGAAUUCUUAGAUCACCAUCUUAAACCCAUAAUGAAAGCAGGGAAGUCCUACAUUCGAGAUACAGGACAUUUUUUGGAUAAAUUAAAAGAAAUAG